AUGGUAACUUAUUACAUUUAUAUACAAUAGCAACCAAUAAAUGAUAUUAAUGUUGAUGAAGUGUUAAGAGGAUUAUCGAAUGUGGAAGGAGCCAAUGGUUAUACUGUAAUAAGAGAAGAGUUAUAUUAUUUAGGUAUUCCACUAAAAAGAUCGGAAAAAAAUAUAAACUACGAAAAAGCAGUUCAUAUGUCUGCCUUAGUUGCUGAUUUAUGGAAUGUCACUAAGAAAUGCAUCCAAAGGGAAUUGAGAAGUGCUGAUAAUGAUCUUGAGAUAAUUAGGAUUAGGACAAAGGCUCAAUCUGAAUAUAUCAUUUCUUAAUGUAAUUUUGAUACUUAUGAAUCAUUAAGAGGGUGA